CGGUGCCUCUUGACGGCGGUGGCUCAGCGUGGUGCACGCAGACGUCGGGCGACAAAACACCGUUACAUUUGUAGUUUGGGAUCUAAAAAUAACCCACAACAGCACUUAAACGCGUGUUUGGCUCGCUACCGUCUCCAACAAACAAAGUCCGCUGGAUUUUGGAGGCUAGAUUAGAUAUGAACGUUCAUUCUGGAUUACGAGUGGAUUCGUUAGCUCCCGAGUAGUGAUUCCGGUUCAGUGGGAAGGUUUGAACUGCUCUCGGGGAAAGUGACCAUUGUUGAAAUCAGGUCGAGGCUGUUGUCAUUCCCACUGGCUGACUUUCUUAGUUUCUUUUUCUUUCUUUUUUUUUUUUUUUUUUACGGAUUUAAAACGGAGAUAAAACAGCGCGGGCUUUUUAGAGUGUCAUGAAAGAAAUGUCAAGCGCCAUGCCUGGUGGGCAGCAGCCUCAGAAACACUAUGGCAUCACCUCUGCCAUAAGCCUGGCUCCCCCGCGAGAAAUAGACCACUUGUACACCAAGAAGCUCUGCGACGCCAUGAAACCUUUUGGUGUCUUUGAGGAUGAAGAGGAGCUAAACCACAGACUGGCUGUUCUUGGGAAGUUGAAUAACUUGGUUAAAGAAUGGAUUGCAGAGAUCAGCGAACUAAAGAAUCUUCCACCGUCGGCCAUCAGUUGUGUUGGAGGCAAGAUUUUCACAUUUGGGUCGUACAGACUCGGAGUGCACACAAAAGGAGCUGAUAUUGAUGCCUUGUGCGUGGCUCCGCGGCACGUAGAGAGAACGGACUUUUUCCAGUCUUUCUUCGAGAAAUUGAAACAACAUGAAGAGAUCAAGGACCUCAGGGCUGUUGAGGACGCUUUUGUACCGGUGAUCAAAUUCAAAUUUGAUGGGAUUGAGAUUGACCUGCUUUUUGCCAGAUUGGCCUUACAGUCCAUUCCAGACAACCUGGACCUGAGGGGAGACUCCAUCCUGAAAAACCUGGACAUUCGGUGCAUCCGAAGCCUCAACGGUUGUCGAGUAACGGAUGAAAUUUUAUACCUGGUGCCAAACAAAGAAAACUUCAGGUUGACGUUGAGAGCCAUCAAACUUUGGGCGAAACGUCGAGGAAUCUAUUCCAACAUCCUGGGCUUUCUGGGCGGAGUGUCGUGGGCCAUGUUGGUGGCCAGGACCUGCCAGCUCUACCCCAACGCUGUAGCUGCCACGCUCGUCCACAAGUUCUUCUUGGUCUUCUCCAAAUGGGAGUGGCCUAAUCCUGUGCUGCUGAAACAACCUGAGGACAGUAAUCUCAAUUUACCUGUUUGGGAUCCUAGAGUGAACCCUUCUGACAGAUACCACCUGAUGCCCAUCAUCACGCCCGCCUACCCCCAGCAGAACUCCACCUACAACGUCUCCUCGUCCACGCGCUCCAUCAUGACGGAGGAGUUCAAACACGGUCUCAGUGUCACAGAUGAGAUUCUUCAAGGCAAAGCAGAGUGGCCGAAGCUCUUUGAACCACCCAGUUUUUUCCAAAAGUACAAGCAUUAUAUUGUUCUUACUGCCAGUGCAUCCACAGAAGAAAACCACUUAGAAUGGAUCGGCCUCGUAGAGUCAAAGAUCCGUGUUCUUGUGGGAAACCUCGAGAGGAACGAGUACAUAACGCUGGCUCAUGUCAACCCUCAGUCCUUCCCCGGGUCCAAAGAGAACCGCAACGAAAACGACUUUGUUUCCAUGUGGUUUAUUGGGAUCAUCUUCAAGAAGGUGGAGAAUGCAGAGAGCGUGAACAUUGACCUAACGUUUGACAUCCAGUCCUUCACAGACACGGUGUACAGGCAAGCUAACAACAUCAACAUGCUGAAAGACGGGAUGAAAAUCGAAGCGACGCACGUGAAAAAGAAGCAACUCCAUCAGUAUCUCCCCCCAGAACUGGUGCAGAAGAAGAAAAGGAGCAUAGCGGAGUUGAACCGAAGCUCAAACGGCGGAAGCUCAAAGCGGAUUUCUCUGGACAGCAGUCACCUAGACAGCUCCAGAGACACCGACUCAGGGACUCCCUUCAGCUCCCCGACCAGCAAACCCCCCAAACCCGCAUCAGACACAGAAGACGGUGCGAGUCCUCCAAAGCAGCUUUUUUUGGAGACCUCCCCAGCACCAAGUACAGCAGCAACCGCCGCCGUGCCAGCGACGAGCGCCGCAGCGACUCUGCAGCCGAGUGCCUCUCCUGCUGCUACAGAACAGGAGGCUUCAGUCAAGGCAAAGCCCGCCUCUCCACCGGCCAGCUCGGUCCUGAGCGGCAGCGUGAAGCCCAGUGCUGCCAGCAGCCCUAAAGAGGAGCCGAACGGCCUCGAGGAGCCCGGCCACGGAUCUCCUGCCAAGAGGCCGCACUCCCCGACGCAGGAAGACCCGGCCAAGAGGCACAAAGACGCCGACGUGGCGUCCAGCGAUGACUCGACGUUCAAAGAGCCAUACCCGCCGUCUUCUGACUGCAGUCCGCACGGAGAGGCGCCCAGCACUCCUCCCAUGUCUGGUUUAAAGGCAAAGCCCAUUCCAACAAUCGAUACCUCAAGAACACAGAGACUUCCCAGCAUGGAGCUGCCUGACGCCUCUUCGCCUCUCCCCGCCAGCAACAGCUGUCGCGUCGUGAAGAACUCCAUCAAAUUGGCCCUCAACCGUCACAACAUCACGCCUCCCAAGCCCCCAGUGUUUGAGGGCACCCUCACCUCCGACGCGCCUGCUGCCAGCGAAGAGAAGGGCAUGUCCAUUCCUGUCAUCGGCUCAAAACACGUGGCCCCCAAACUCACAGCGCCCCCUGUUGGCAGCUCCAUCCCCACGCUGGUCAGCCGGGUGGCCGACCCGCUGAACGGCGCGCCCUCCAAGAGGCCCCACUCGCCGUCUGUGGAGGAGCAGGCCAAGCGACUGAAGGAAACGGAGAAGGCCCGCAUUCACAUAAAGAGCGAUGCCAGAACGCUGCACCGCGUCUCUGUCCCCCCCACCCUGGUGUUCUGCUUGUCGCUCGCCUCGUCUGGUGAAUCCUCCGCGUACAGACGGGCAGUCAGCGGCCCUCCGUCAGAACACAACCCGGAACACGACCGAGAAAGCGGAGAGAAACAUGUGCGCACCAUGGACGUGCCCGAGCCAGCCAUCAGAUCUUCGAGCAGCCCAAGCAGAGGGGGAUGCGCUUCAGGUACAAAGUGCGAGGGUCGCUCUGCGGGGAGCAUCCCCGGCGAGAAGAACUCCGACAACAACAGGACCUACCCCAGCAUGCAGAUCCUGAACUACGGCGGCAAGGGGAAGGUCCGCGUUUACCUGGUGACGAAGAACGAGCCCUACCGGCCGCAUCCGCACGACCUGGUGGGGAAGGACUGCAAGGACGGCUUCUACGAGGCCGAGUUCGGCCCCGACCGCAGAGUGAUAGCUUUCCAGAAUCUGGGCAUCCAGUGCGUGAGGAGACGGGAGGUGAAAGAAGCCAUCCUUCAGAGGGUCACAAGAGGGAUCAACCCUUCAACGGUGAACCCUUCUGACAGAUACCACCUGAUGCCCAUCAUCACACGCCCGCUACCCCCAGCAGACUCCACCUACAACGUCCCCUCGUCCACGCGCUCCAUCAUGACUGAUGAGUUCAAACACGGUCUCAGUGUCACAGAUGAGAUUCUUCAAGGCAAAGCAGAGUGGCCGAAGCUUGAACCACCCAGUUUUUUCCAAAAGUACAAGCAUUAUAUUGUUCUUACUGCCAGUGCAUCCACAGAAGAAAACCACUUAGAAUGGUAAGUGUUAAUGGAGACAUCAAAGAUCCGUGUUCUUGUGGGAAACCUUGUGAGAGGAACGAGUACAUAACGCUGGCUGGCUCAUGUCAACCCUCAGUCCUUCCCCGGUCCAAGAGAACCGCAACGAAGAAACGACUUUGUUUCCAUGUGGUUUAUUGGGAUCAUCUUCAAGAAGUGGGAGAAUGCAGAGAGCGUGAACAUUGACCUAACGUUGACAUUCCAGUCCUUCACAGACACGGUGUACAGGCAAGCUAACAACAUCAACAUGCUGAAAGACGGGAUGAAAAUCGAAGCGACGCACGUGAAAAAGAAGCAACUCCAUCAGUAUCUCCCCCCAGAACUUGUGCAGAAGAAGAAAAGGAGCAUAGCGGAGUUGAACCGAAGCUCAAACGGCGGAAGCUCAAAGCGGAUUUCUCUGGACAGCAGUCACCUAGACAGCUCCAGAGACACCGACUCAGGGACUCCCUUCAGCUCCCCGACCAGCAAACCCCCCAAACCCGCAUCAGACACAGAAGACGGUGCGAGUCCUCCAAAGCAGCUUUUUUUGGAGACCUCCCCAGCACCAAGUGCAGCAGCAGCCGCCGCCGCCGUGCCAGCGACGAGCGCCGCAGCGACUCUGCAGCCGAGUGCCUCUCCUGCUGCUACAGAACAGGAGGCUUCAGUCAAGGCAAAGCCCGCCUCUCCACCGGCCAGCUCGGUCCUGAGCGGCAGCGUGAAGCCCAGUGCUGCCAGCAGCCCCAAAGAGGAGCCGAACGGCCUUGAGGAGCCCGGCCACGGAUCUCCUGCCAAGAGGCCGCACUCCCCGACGCAGGAAGACCCGGCCAAGAGGCACAAAGACGCCGACGUGGCGUCCAGCGAUGACUCGACGUUCAAAGAGCCAUACCCGCCGUCUUCUGACUGCAGUCCACACGGAGAGGCGCCCAGCACUCCUCCCAUGUCUGGUUUAAAGGCAAAGCCCAUUCCAACAAUCGAUACCUCAAGAACACAGAGACUUCCCAGCAUGGAGCUGCCUGACGCCUCUUCGCCUCUCCCCGCCAGCAACAGCUGUCGCGUCGUGAAGAACUCCAUCAAAUUGGCCCUCAACCGUCACAACAUCACGCCUCCCAAGCCCCCAGUGUUUGAGGGCACCCUCACCUCCGACGCGCCUGCUGCCAGCGAAGAGAAGGGCAUGUCCAUUCCUGUCAUCGGCUCAAAACACGUGGCCCCCAAACUCACAGCGCCCCCUGUUGGCAGCUCCAUCCCCACGCUGGUCAGCCGGGUGGCCGACCCGCUGAACGGCGCGCCCUCCAAGAGGCCCCACUCGCCGUCUGUGGAGGAGCAGGCCAAGCGGCUGAAGGAAACGGAGAAGGCCCGCAUUCACAUAGCCUGAACAGACUGCAUCUUUGCCCGCGCAGCAGCGGGCCUCAGCGAUCAAGCCAAACCCAGGAGAGCGACGCCUCCACACAGGCAGCGGGGGGAUGGGGGGGGGGAGGAGGAUGCGUUUUCAGGUCGGUCUGUGUGAACCGUGACGCAGCAGGACAGAAAACUCAGAUCUUUCAGAGAUUACAGAUUUUCUUCCCGUGGAUCUGCGACUCGGUCAGCGCUGUCCCACCCAGAGUCACAGAGACAUGACACGAGAGCUACAGCAGCAGUUUUUUUUUUUACUCCUCCUCUUCCUUUUCCAUCUGUGUUUCAAAAACAUAGUCAUGGGAGAUGGACUGUUCUUUGUCGUAUCAACCCCCCCUCCCUUUUUUUUUUUCUUUUUUUUUUUCCAGAUGACAUUUUAAAAGAAAUAGCCGCUUCUUAUUGACUCUGCUCUCAUUUCCUCCACACAGUUACCCGUACUGUAAAUGUCGAUGUACAUAACUUUUUUUGUCUUUAAAAAAAAAAAAAAAAAGCAAAAGA